UUGAAACUGUUCCUGUCGUCUCUUCUGCUGUCAUCUCUUACCUCAGUCCGUGACUCAUAUUCGACUAUUAUUCUUCUUUUUUUUCCUACGACUACGUUGACCAUAUGAGAAAACAGCCGUUAGGUUGAUAAAAAAUGAGCGCGGGUGGGAGUUUUAGGACGCUGCGGCUGCUGGUUAUGGUGAGCCUGUGUGUGUUCAUCAGCUUCUCAGCAGCAGCAGCAUCAUCUCCUGCUCAGGAGAAGGACAGUGCCAUGGAGAACAUCGUUACAGAGAAGAAGGCUGAGGAGAGUCACAGACAGGACAGCGCAGACCUGCUCAUCUUCAUCCUGCUCCUCACCCUCACUAUCCUCACUAUCUGGCUCUUCAAGCACCGGCGCUUCAGGUUUCUGCAUGAAACCGGACUGGCCAUGAUUUACGGGCUCAUCGUGGGGGUGAUCUUACGUUACGUCGUUCAGGUCCCUCGGGAUGCCAGCGUGGUCUCGACAAACUGUUUUGUUAACGCCAGCCCCGCCACCCUGCUGGUUAAUGUCAGCGGGAAAUUUUAUGAGUACACUUUGAAAGGGGAGAUCAGCGCCAAUGAGGUGAACGACGUGAAAGACAACGAAAUGCUGCGCAAGGUCACGUUUGACCCUGAAGUUUUCUUCAAUAUUCUUCUCCCACCCAUUAUCUUCCAUGCAGGCUACAGCUUAAAAAGGAGACAUUUUUUCCGGAAUAUGGGAUCUAUCCUUGCUUAUGCCUUUGUGGGGACAGUGAUUUCCUGUUUUGUUAUUGGGUUGUUGAUGUACGGCUGUGUUGUGCUAAUGAAGCAGUUGGGCCAGAUGGGUGAAGACUUCUUCUUCACUGACUGCCUGUUCUUUGGAGCUAUUGUCUCAGCAACAGACCCAGUGACAGUCCUGGCUAUCUUCCAUGAGCUACAGGUUGAUGUUGACCUGUAUGCACUGCUGUUUGGAGAAAGUGUGCUCAAUGAUGCUGUGGCCGUGGUUUUGUCCUCGUCUAUUGUUGCAUAUCAGCCGCAGGGAGACAACAGCCACACCUUUGAGGUCAUGGCCUUGCUGAAGUCUUUUGGGAUGUUCCUUGGAGUUUUCAGCGGCUCCUUCUCACUGGGAGUGGCCACAGGGAUCGUUACAGCUCUUGUAACAAAGUUCACCAAGCUAAGGGAUUUCCAGCUGCUGGAGACGGCUCUGUUCUUUCUCAUGUCUUGGAGCACCUUUCUGCUGGCUGAAGCUUGUGGCUUCACAGGUGUGGUGGCAGUGCUCUUCUGUGGCAUCACUCAGGCCCACUACACCUUCAACAACCUGUCUCCCGAGUCUCAGGACAGGACAAAGCAGCUGUUUGAGCUGUUAAAUUUCCUGGCAGAGAAUUUCAUUUUCUCCUACAUGGGUCUGACCCUGUUCACCUUCCAGAACCACAUCUUUAACCCUAUGUUCAUCGUUGGAGCUUUCCUGGCAGUGUUUGUGGGAAGAGCUGCUAACAUCUACCCGCUGUCAUUCCUCCUCAAUCUGGGACGACGUAACAAGAUUAGAUCCAACUUCCAGCACAUGAUGAUGUUUGCAGGCCUGCGAGGUGCUAUGACUUUUGCUCUUUCCAUCAGGGACACGGCUACGUACGCCCGUCAGAUGAUGUUCUCCACCAAUCUUCUCGUAGUUUUCUUCACUGUCUGGGUUUGUGGCGGUGGCACCACUCAGAUGCUGUCCUGUCAGCGGAUACGAGUGGGCGUUGACUCUGAUCAAGACAACUCUAUGAGUUUCGCAGAUGGAUCAGAGAGGAGAAGCACCAAACAAGAAAGCGCCUGGCUGUUCAGAAUUUGGUACAACUUCGACCACAACUACCUGAAGCCCAUCCUGACUCACAGUGGCCCCCCUCUCACAUCUACACUCCCUCCCUGCUGCGACCCCCUGGCUCGCUUUCUCACCAGCCCUCAGGCCUAUGAGAAUGAGUGCCAGCUGAAGGAUGAUGACUCUGACCUCAUCCUGACGGACGGAGACAUCAGCCUGACCUACGGCGACAUCACUGUCAGCACAGACGCGACAGGAGCCCACACCAGCGGCCGGCACGCCUCAGACGACCUGGAUAGAGAGUUAGCAUACGGAGAUAAUGAGCUGGUGAUGAGGGGCACGCGUCUGGUCCUCCCCAUGGACGACUCUGAGCCUCCGUUCACCGACCACCUGCGGAUGUAAAAAGCAGGUUUCAAGCGCAGCCCGAGACAACCAUCCAUUUCAAACUGACCCAAGCCACCCAGCAAACAUUGAUUACUUGACUCUCUCUUUUCUUUCACUCUUUCAUUUUUUUGUCUCCUUUUUUCCUCAUCCCUCACUUCCCUGUCUCUACCUCAUUCUCUUUCUGCUCAUUUUCAUACUACUUCAGACAUUCCAGUUUUCUUUCUCCAUUCUGGCUCCUGUCAGUCACUUCACCGUAGCAUUGCAGCAUGAGUUCUAGUGAGUAAAUGCAAAAACGCCAACCACUACCUAAUUUAUCAGUGUGCAGUGUAUCUCAAAAGAAACUAUAAUGUUGUCAUGCAUGUGGAGGUUGCUCGUCAUUAUUUUUGUAUUUUAGAAUAUGAAGCUUUGUUUUUGGUUUGGGUCUGACUUUGAAUGUUGCUGACUUUUCUCUGCGCAUCAGAGGCAAGCUGACCCAGAGGGUAACUUUACUGUACAUUUGGUUUCAAUCAAGUGCCUGGGAAUUGUAGUUUUUAAGCAUGGCAACUCUAUACUAGAUUAUUUCUAAAAAGGACGCAGCUUUAGAGUGGUACAAAAAAAAAAAAAAAGAUAUAUAU